ACGCUUGUGCAAUGUAUACUAGAAUAGAAGAAUUUUUCUCUACACAACGGAAGAAUUUUUUCCAAAAAAAGUUGUUUUUUAAGCGUAAUUGUGAAAAAUUGCAGUAAAAUGUGGCUUCGAAGCGAUAAACGAGAACUCAGAAUACGUGACAAACCAAAAGCAAAGUUUAUAAAAGGUCACAGAAAAAAACGUAAAAGACGCAAUCAAUAUUCGAAAACGAUUAAACUCAUGAAAAAUGAGAAGGCAUCAGUUUUGUCAACAACACAAUAUCCAGAAGAGGAUGAGCUAUCAAUUUAUAAGAGUCACAAUGUUAAUACUAAGAUGUUCAACAAAACACCGAAUUAUAUUGAAAGUUUAUCAUUCUCGUCAGCCCAAAUCUCAUAUGAUCUCGAUAUCGAUUUAAACAUUCGAACCAGUUCCAUUGCUCCAGAUUCAGAGAAUCUUACUUAUGACAACUCCACUGAACGAUUUCAAACCUUAGAUGCACAGUACAACUUCAAUUAUGGAAAAAACACAUCUGAGAUUCACUCAGUUGCUAAUUUGAUUUUAAAACGUACAUAUGAUGAUAAAUGUAAACUUGCUGACACUAAUCAAGAUCAUUUAAAUUACUCUUAUGAGUCUUCCUGCAAUAAGAUUAUCACUUCAGAGUCUUUAAGCUCAGCUUACAUCGAGGACAGUUGCAAUACUAAAAAUCUAUGCUUAGAUUAUGAUAUUUGUAAAUCAGUUGGAACGGACGAAACGAACGAGUUCCUUAAUCAAGUUGAUAACAACAAUUAUAACAUCACUUAUGCUAAUCCAACUGAAAGUCAAUAUGCAAGUUGCUCUAACAUUUCAAUGAUUUCGUCUGCCUGUUACAGCAACUCAUCUGCUAUAAGUUACUCCAAUGUUAAUUACAGCGCCGUUUAUCCGAUCAAAGAUAUGAACAAGAAUUAUGAAGAAGAAUGUCAUGAGACCGACAACGAAGAUCAACACGAAGUACCAAUUGAGUUUGAUCCUUACAUGUUUAUUAAGCAUCUUCCUCCACUAGAGAUUCGAACAAAAGUGCCAGCACUUCCAAUUCGCACAAGGAGUACACCUGGGACGUUAACACUUGUAUUGGAUUUAGAUGAAACUUUGGUUCAUUGCAGUCUUCAAGAACUUAAAGAUGCCAAUUUUAACUUUCCAGUGUUCUUUCAGGAUUGCAAAUAUACUGUCUUUGUUCGUACCCGACCAUACUUUAAAGAAUUCCUCGAACGUGUAUCAAAAAUGUUUGAAGUCAUUUUGUUCACAGCAAGUAAACGAAUUUAUGCCGAUAAGCUUCUCAACUUACUUGAUCCAGAUAGAAAGUGGAUAAGAUAUCGAUUAUUUCGUGAACAUUGUGUUUUGGUUAAUGGAAAUUACGUUAAAGACUUAAAUAUCUUAGGACGAGACCUUGCCAAAACCAUCAUCAUUGACAAUUCUCCUCAAGCUUUUGGAUAUCAGCUGGAAAAUGGGAUUCCAAUUCAAAGCUGGUUCUUUGAUCAAGAUGACUGUGAGUUGUUGAAGAUUUUGCCUUUCCUCGAACGCCUAGCAGAGCUGGGUGAAGAUGUUCGGCCACAUAUUAGGGAGAAAUUUCGUCUCUAUUCGUACUUACCACCAGAUUGAGGAUUUUUUAUUCAUCACUAGUACAUAAAUAUCAUCAUCAAGCUUUCAACAUUAAAAAUUGUUGUCUCAUCAGAUACAAAAAGUUAAAUUUUCUUUAAAUUUUUUAAUUCAUUGACUUCUUUCAUGUUUUAAUAGUAUCAAAAGUGAAAUUUACGUUGUUGAUUGUAAGAUUAAAGUUAAGACAUUUUACAACUUUACAAAAUAUAAAAAAAAGCCCAUAAAAGCAUUUAAGUAAAUAUCUACAAUGUAGGACGAAAGAAAAAAUGUAAUUUUAAAAAAAUUAUUAAUAAAAUUCAAUGAAAUGUUCCAAU